GUCCUUAGAGCUGACGUCUCUCUCCAAGCUUGGAAGUGAGAAUGUGGAAGCACAAGCGCGGUACGGGAAGCGAGGACCAUCACGACCAUCGCGAGCGUCACCGCAUCUACUGGGAACGUUCUCCCGUAGAGCGUAAUGAGACAAGCGUAGAGGGAAGCAAUACAGGUCGGUCGAUGUUGUUAUGCUGCUCGUUGACUGAAAAAAAUCAUUUAUGCUCUGCCUUUGUUUAGUUUAACUGAAGUAGCGCGAGGCAGCUGCGCGCACAUUUUGUUCCUGGGUUAAAUAAUCGUUCCAGAGCAACUGGCUCGUAUCGAUCUUACGGUGGUUUCCUCCGUGUUUCAGCGCGCAGCUGAGGACGGACUGUUCGCUUUGUUCGGGCUCUCGGUGCUCUACAUUCCUUUGAUAAACAAUUGCUGAUCUAAUUUCUCAUUUUAAAGGGCCAGGCUUUUAUGCAGAUUCCUCGUGCUAACCCGCGUAUUAAGUGACUUUUCCUAUUAACUGCGGGUAACGGCGCGUGGGCAGAAAACCACCUUUUCCACAACGCGGCUUUAGCCUCCUAAGCUCGAGCACUAAGCGUUAAACGGCCCUUGUUGUCGAGCGCGUGCUUGCACUAAUGAGCCGUUUCCAAGGUGCAGCCUCCAGAAGCACCGCUGACCCCGACGGACGAACGAAAUAAAUCAGAUGGUUCCGGAGGCGUGUGCACGAUAAAGUAAAUUAGCGGACGAGAACAAGAGUCGAAGAGUGAAGACAAUGCUGGGUCUUAAAGCGGAGCCCGUGGGGGUGGACCAGCCCCCGCCGCUCCACGUGUUCGCCCACGCAUCCACGCUGCAUGGGCUCGCGCACAUCUUCUCCUCCGACAGGGUAACGGCGAAGUGCUGCACGUGGAUGCUCUUGUUCCUCAGCUCGUUGGGCUUCCUCUUCUACGUCUGCGUCGAUCGCAUUCACUUCUAUUUGGAAUAUCCACACGUGACCAAGCUGGACGAGAUCGCCGCGCCCGUGAUGGUUUUUCCCGCCAUAACGAUCUGCAACCUAAACUCCUUCCGUUUCAGCAAAGUCACGCGCAACGACCUGUACCACGCAGGGGAGCUGCUCGCGCUGCUCAACUCGAGGUAUGAGAUUCGAGAUGCUCAUCUGGUGGAGGAAAGUGCACUGGAGGCUCUGAAGAUCAAAGCUGACUUCCAGAACUUCAAGCCACGCCCCUUUAACAUGCAUGAGUUCUAUAACCGAACAGGACAUGACAUCAGAGACAUGCUCCUCUCGUGCCACUUCAGGGGGUUACCAUGUCAACCUGAAGACUUCAAAGUGGUGUUCACACGCUAUGGGAAGUGUUACACAUUUAACUCGGGUGACAACGGCCCCCCAAUGGUCACCAUGAAGGGGGGGAUGGGGAACGGCCUGGAGGUGAUGCUGGAUAUCCAGCAGGAUGAGUACCUUCCUGUGUGGGGAGAGACAGACAAGACGUCUUAUGAAGCAGGCAUCAAAGUGCAGGUCCACACUCAGGACGAGCCCCCAUUCAUCGAUCAGCUGGGCUUCGGCGUCGCGCCAGGAUUCCAGACCUUUGUUUCCUGCCAGGAGCAGCGGCUCCUGUACCUGCCCCCUCCGUGGGGUACUUGCAAGGCAAAGCUGCUCCACUCCGACUUCUUCUCCACCUACAGCAUCAGCGCCUGCCGCAUGGACUGUGAGACACGCUAUCUGGUUGAGAACUGCAACUGCCGCAUGGUGUACAUGCCAGGUGAUGCACCAUACUGCGCCCCCGAGCUGUAUAAGGAGUGUGCUGACCCAGCACUGGAUUUCCUGGUGGAGAGGGAUAAUGAGUACUGUGCGUGCGACACUCCGUGCAACGGCACACGCUAUAGUAAAGAGCUCUCCUUUGUCAAGAUCCCAAGCAAGGCCUCCACCAAAUACCUCGCCAAGAAGUUCGGCAAGUCGGAGAAGCACAUCAUAGAAAACGUCCUGGUUCUGGACGUCUUUUUCGAGGCGCUGAACUACGAGACCAUUGAGCAGCAGAGGGUCUACGAGGUGGCAGGUCUGCUGGGUAAGACGUCCUACAGGCUGAGGAGGUCUCCGGAACCACAGGCAUAUGGUGAUAUUGGAGGACAGAUGGGGCUAUUUAUCGGCGCAAGUAUUCUCACUAUUUUGGAGCUCUUUGACUAUCUGUAUGAGGUGGUGAAAUAUAAGCUGUUUCACUGUACAGACAAGAAGCAUCAGAACAACAGAUCGGGUCAUGCCACAGCACCAGGUCUAGAUGAUGUCAAAUGUCACGUCACCAACUUUCACUGAAGCCGUCCAGCUCACAUCUUUGUGCAGUGUAAUCUUCCAGCUUUGCUCCUGGAAUGCUCAGCAGGGCUGCUUCUGGUCUCAAAAGACCGACCUGCAUGUUUACAUCGUCACCGUUCACCACUGUUGGGUGGAAUUCCUCAUCUACAUCAAAAUUUUCCAGUCUUGCAGCUUUUCAGUUUUUGUAUGAGAUUUUGUUUUGUCAAGCAUCUCAAACAGGUGAAUGUGAUGUGAACUGACAGUUUAGUGUAGGUGUCCUGAAUCUUCAAAUUGGAAAGCAAUGAGUUGUGGUGGGGGAAAAAUCUUUAGAGGUAUUUUUUUUACCUGUUUGUGAUUGUAAAAAGCUUUCACAUCUAAAACCAACGUGAGGUACAGGAUGGAUGGUCUCUGGGGGUCUUCUCUGAGAAGCAAUGAUUGUCUAGGACUUGAAGUUUCCUUUAAACUGGUGGUUCUGGGCCACUGUCCUGGGCAAUCUGUGUUCUUACAGCUUGGCUGCUCCACCCCACCUGAUUCUACUCGUAAAGCACCUGAUCUCCGCAGGAUGAGCUGAAUCAGGCCUCUCAGAGGCCCACACACAGAGGUGUGCAGAACCUUCAGAAAAGGGAUGGAGAAUCCCUGCUUGAGGCGCCAUGACAAAACCAGCCACAGAAAUCCCCAUAAUGCCCAGGUGUGGAGUGUCAGUGCUCGGUAACAGAGUUUAUGAGGAAUGAAGGCUGUUUAUGAAGCAGUAAUGGAACUCCACUGGCUUGGCUGUCAGGCUGCUCCUUGGUUUAGCUGCCCACGCCGGGGCAGGACGCGUGGGGGUGGCCAACAGAAGCUACAACACAUUGCCCCAUUGCCGUGGGCUGUUUUAUGAUGUCAUCAGUCUGCACAUGCUCUGAGUGUGACAGGAAACUGAGAUAAUGUACCCAUUGGGUCUGGCCUUAUGUAUGUGAAUGACAUGUUUGUCCGGCUGUAUGUUUUCUGUAGGAGUGGUAGUGUGCGCGUCUGAUUAUGUGUGUGUGUGUGUGUGCGCAUGCCUGAAUGUGUGUUAAGGUUGUGCAGUGUGAGUGUAGAUGUGUGAAGCCAUCAUCUCUGUGCGUUCCUGUGCAUGUCUGUCUGUGUGUAACUGUCCAUGCACAUGCGCGUACGUAUGACUGUAAUUGUCGGCUUGUGUCCUGCACCCUACAGGGUGUUUAUAAAGACAGGAAGCUUAUUUUCACAGCUACCUUACAGGCCAGACUAAACCACCUAAAUGGAUGGAAUUUGCCAAACACUUACUUAUAGGUUGACUUCCAUGCUUAUAUCUGUAGUGCUUUACACAUACUUUUAGCCUUUAGUUAUUGUGAUGAUCAGUUUAAGUGCAGUUCAGGUGUCGUUUCACACAAACUAUUCUUUCUGUGUCAAACAGAUAUAUUUUGUGUUACAUUUGUUUUAAGAUCUGAAUGAGUAAACUAUGAGAACUAGUGAACUGUGCAGUGCUUUCAGUGGUCUAGAGUGAUAUAUGUAUUGGUUUGAUGCUUUUCCACUUACUGUAGUGUAUAUGAUUGAUUUCCUUAAAAAUAAAUGUAUCAGGUUAUGUGCUUUUUGUGCACUGCUGGAAGGCA